AUGCCUGACGCCGACAAGUUUCCUGUCGGUCCUGAUGGUAAACCUCUGAAACCUUGCUGUGCCUGUCCCGAUACUCGAAAGGCACGGGACGAAUGCAUCGUGGAGCGCGGAGAAGAAAAUUGCAAUGACUUGAUUGAAGCGCACCUAGCCUGUCUUCGUUCUCUUGGCUUUAAAAUUUAG